GUUUAAUUCCAUUUACUGGCAACGCAUAUACAGGGAGGUAUGCAUUAAUUAUUCUAAAUUAAUUUAUUUAUUUCUCAAUUUCAAUGACAUCAUUGAUUUUCUUGUAGAUUUACGUUUAUUUUCACUAGUUUAGGGUUUCAAUAUAUUUCUUGAAUUUAAACGACUUUCUUGAAUUUAAUAUCUUGUAGCACAAUAGUCGUGUAUUUUUGGUUGGCCAUUAUGCAGAUGCUCAUAUGAUAUGAAAGUAAUGAAGUAAAUGAAAUAAAGUUCAUCAAUAUAUCAGGUGAUAGUUCGAUUUCAUUCUCUUUUAUAAAUUUACGAGAGUAAUUAAGUAAUGUUUUGUCGAAGAUUGUUAAUGUAAUUUUCUUUUCUUUGUUGUGGCUUUUGUGAUAACUCGUUACCGGUCAUCCGACAUACUCCGUCGAAGGAAACUACACUCGUUGGCGGGACUAUCUUGGAGAUGUUGUAUUUUUGUUUUUUUCCCCGUCAGUGUCGUGUCUUUGCUCCUCGGAGCUUCUUCAGAGCUGCCCAAGUAGUGGCUUAACAGGCUCUUUCAUCGGUAGUCUGGUUGCAUACGGACUAACGUCCAGUAUUUGAGUUGGUCUUGUAAUUGUGUCGAGUCUUUGUCCCAUGCCCUUUGGGCUUGCCUUGGAAAAAAAAACAUAUAAAAACGAUGUCAACCGUCACUUGUGAUAUGAUAUUUGGAAAAAAAAUAAUAUUUAUAAGUUUUAUCCAUCUAUCCCUAUCGAAGAUGAACCUUCCUAAACGGCCAUGUGAUCCGGUUGUGCUUUACUUAGAAAGAAAAGAUAUGAUGAUGACGAAGAGAAAAUAAAUUAAUAACUGAUCUCCCCAAUAAUCUUUAGUUUCUGUUUCCCCCUUUGUAUUCUGAUAUUAAUAGAGAUAAAAGGAGAGGCAGUUGGUUAGGUGGUACAUGGAAAAAAGAUGAUAACUAUUUUUGCUCCCUAAAAAAAUUAUCUUGUUUCCAUAAUUAAUACCAUUCGACAGGCUGUUCUUCUUUUUGUUUUCUGCCACAAUUCCAUGCUUGACGACGGUGGUCAUGAAACAGAAUAAGAGAAACAUGCAUUGAUAAUAGCCAUUUUGGAGCCAACUCUCAAAUGGUGAGUUCCAAUUUUUAAGAAAUCAUCAAGUGAAUGUAUAUACACAAUGAUGCUAAAAAAACAAGUUCAUCAAAUAUGCCAUUUAAUUCGACUUUCAAAAUCGACAUAUUUUGAUAUGUUUAAUAUUCGGUAUUCGAUCGUCAUGUGAACUAUAAUAGCUGGCAUAAUGCUUGGUAUCAUCUGUCUUAUCUAUGGACGUUCUUAAUCACGUAUAAGCAGGAGUCGACCUAAUUAGCAACAAAUUUGAACAAGAUUUAUGAUAUUGAGAUUCAAAACCGAUAAAAGAUAUAGCGCAUAUAUAGAUUUGUUUGUUAAAUUGACUAUAAAACCAGAUUUUUUUUCCCAAUCAAACAACAUAUACAUGAGAAAAAAUAAAUUAAUCAUCACUUGAUUAUGGUUAGUUGGAGAGACCUCCAAUUUCUCUGGAAUGGCAUUUCCAGAACCUUAAACCAAGGCAUCCUCACAAAUCUCAUGACCUCAUCGCAUCACGAAAAUCACAUUUCCCUGAUUCUCCAACCUACUAAUGGAAAAAUAUUCACCCAACUCAAUGUUUUGUUCAUGUAUAUAAUGAUGCUCCAAACCGCAAAACACAAAAAACAACAAGCAUAAAACACAUAGUUAACAUUAUAUUGUGUCACAAAUUAAACAAGCCAAUGGCUGCCAACCCAAUGGUCACAUACAUAUGCAAGCGAACCGUGGUGAGCACGAAACCGGUCCAACCGGGGAAACGCCACUCGUUGUCCGUCCUGGACCGGGCCAUGGGAGAAAACCACCUGAAAAUGGUGUACUAUCUUAAGGCCACUACUACUCCUGACAAGUAUUACGAGCCGGGCGAGAUCACCAAAAUGUUGAGGGAGUCAAUAUCUGAGACACUCACAUUUUUCCCCGUCAUAACGGGGAGGCUGGUGAAGGAGGAAGACGGGAGGACUUGGAUGAUAAAGUGCAACGAUGCAGGGGUGAGAAUGGUGGAGGCUCGAGCACAAGGGAGUGUCGAUGAAUGGCUUAGUAAUGUUGAUAGGGAAAGGGAGAUGAAGCUUGUCCAUUGGGAGGAGGUGUUCCAUAAACCUUACUUUUGGUCCACUUUCUACGUUCAGCUAACAGAGUUUGAAGGUGGAGGUGUGGCAAUAGGGUUGAGUUGCUAUCACCUCUUGGCCGAUCCGGUUUGCGCUACUAUGUUCAUCAAGGCAUGGGCUGACAUAGCUUUCCUAGGGAAAAUGCAACACCCACCAUUUUUCCACGCUUUGCCUGCCCCAAAGCUCAUUCACAACCCUAGCCUCCCUCACAUUAGUAAAACCAAUGACUUGAUUGAACACUACAAGGCUACCAUUGAUAAAUCUGUUGCAACCGUUGAUCAAGAUGUCGAGCUGGCGAGCCACCUGACCACUCUUUCCUUUUCGUUCACGAGCUCCAUGGUGCAAUCAUGCAUGGCGAUGGCUCAGACAGGGUCGUCGAGCCAGGUGCAGGCAUCACCGUUUGAAGCGUUAUCAGGUCUCUUUUGGGUGUGUCUAAGUAAAGUAAAGAAGGAGACCGAUGGGUUAAUGGACAUGUCGAUAUGCUUGGAUGCUAGAAAGGCUUUGGGGUUGGAUAGUGGAUUUUUUGGGAACUGCAUGGUACACAAUCGAGUUCGAUGUUCAAAUCAUGAACCUCCCUCAAUAUCAUCAUUGGCUAGUGCGGUUGCGUCUAUAAGAGAAGCUGCAGGGGAGAUAAUGGACUCGAACUCGGUAAUGGGCUUGAUCGAGUGGUUAAGAUGCAAAGAUCUUGAUAAUGAUGAUGACGAUGAAGAUCAAAAGAAGUACUCCCCUUCCCCCAUCAACCAUGGCGAUUGUGAGAUUGUUUGUAUCGGGUUGGAUGGAGUAGACCCAUACUCUGCUAGGUUCGAGGAUGGGUUGGAGCCGAUCAGGGUUUCAACCUAUGUCGAACCAGUCGGUGUGAAAUGGCAAGUUCUGAUUCUCCCUGCAUUGCCUGCUUCCACCGGUGGAGGCUAUCAAAGCGGACAGUUGGACAGAGUGGUGAUGGUUACGAUUCCGAAAGAGUUUGUGGAAAGUUUGUACAGAAAUGAACUUAUUCGAGACUUACGUCCAGAAAUUGUAAUGGGUAUGAAUGAUGCAGUUGCAUCUAGUCCAAACUGUAGAGUAGCUGUGUGACAUAACGGAAGCCGAAGAUGAAAUCAAAUAAAUCGAAUACUCAUGUUACGUUACAAAAAAAGAAAGAAAAUAUACAACGUUUAUUCUGACUCAAAAUUUCUAUACUAAAGCAAGUGGUAAUUCGAACGAAAUCAUUCAUAGUUUCACCAAAUUUUGGGAGCCAUAUAUCAUCAUAUAUGGAGAAGAGUGGGAGACACUAGACAAGUGGAAAGAAAAGUUGUUUGUAGUGGAGGACGUACUCAUCAGGGAAUUUUAAUGAGUCAGCUAAGCUUUGGGUGGGAGAGCUGGCAAACGGCAAAUCGAUCCUAUUCUUCUCCUAAAACAAACACAUAAAGACGACGACGACGACGGUGCCGUACAGUCAAUCGUACAGAAACGACAGGUCACUAGCAGUCCCCCACCUUACCUAUCAAUACUUUAAUGGUUAUUAACUUCUACUCCCUCGCAUUGUUUCCUUUCUUUCUUUCUUUCUUUUGUUUCUUUUUGCUUGGCUUCUUCCUUCCUGAAAGUCUCAACCAAAUAUGUGAUCUGUAGCCUUCAAAAUCUAAAAAAAUAGUCUUUCGAAGCUUAAAAAUUUAAGAAAAUGUCAUCCAAAAUCAUUGACCCAAAUUUGUGCUUAAUGGACUUAUCAUUUGAGGAGAAUAGGAUCAAUAGCUUCAUCAUCGGUGGAGAAUAGCCUUGGAAUGAUUCCGUGAUAUGUAGCCUCCAGAAACAAAAGAAAAUGACAUUUCGAAAAAAUCUCCCGAAAUCUUUGAUGGUACCCCUUUGAAAUCUGCCAAAAAUUGAAAAUAAUAAAUUUUCCCAAAUCGACGCUUAAUGGACUUAAUCAUCGUUGAAGAAUAGUCUCAGGUCGAAUCUGUGAUUUGUAGCCUUCAAAAUACAAAAAAUGGCAUUUCUUCGCGCAAAAAAUUACGAAAAUGCCAUCCGAAAAUAAAAUGGCCCAAAUCGGUUCUUAAUGGACUUAUCAUCUGUGGAGAAUAGGAUCAUUAGACUUCAUUUUCGGUGGAGAAUAGACUAUGCUUGAUUACGUGAUAUGUAGCCUCCAGAAUCAAAAGAAAAUGGCAUUUCAAAAAAAUCUCCCGAAAUCUGUGAUGGUACCCCUUUGAAAUCUGCCAAAAAUUGACCAGGGAUAAAUCCCCCCAAAUCGAUGCUUAAUGGACUUAAUCAUCGUUGAAGAAUAGCGUUAAGCCAAAUCUGUGAUUUGUAGCCUUCAAAAUCUAAAGAAAAUGGCCUUUCGAAGCUUUAAAAAUUACGAAAAUGUCAUCCAAAAAUAAAUUGGCCCCGAAUAUGUUCUUAAUGGACUUAUCAUCCGAGGAGAAUAGGAUCAUUAGACUUCAUUAUCGAUGGAGAAUAGCCUCGGCUUGAUUCCGUGAUAUGUAGCCUCCAGAAUCAAAAGAAAAUGGCAUUUUGAAAAAAUCUCCAGAAAUCUGUGAUGAUACCCCUUUGGAAUCUGCCAAAAAUUGACCACGAAUAAAUCCGCCCAAAUCGGUGCAUAAUCGACUUAAUCAUCGUUGAAGAAUUGCCUCAAGCGAAAUCUGUGAUCUGUAGCCUUCAAAAUCUAAACAAAAUGGCCUUUCGAAGCUUAAAAAAUUACGAAAAUGUCAUCCAAAAAUCAAUUGACCUAAAUCAAUGCUUAAUGGACUUAUCAUUUAUGGAGAAUAGGAUCAAUAGCUUCAUCAUAGGUGGAGAAUAACCUUGCAUGAUUUCGUGAUAUGUACCCUCUAGAAUCAAAAGAAAAUGACAUUUCGAAAAAAUCUCCCGAAAUCUGUGAUGGUACCCCUUUGAAAUCUCCCAAAAAUUGACAAGAAAUAAAUAUGCCCAAAUCGGUGCUUAAUGGACUUAAUCAUCGUUGAAAAAUAGUCUCAGGCCGAAUCCGUGAUUUGUAGCCUUCAAAAUACAAAGAAAAUGGCAUUUCUUCGCCCAAAAAAUUACGAAAAUGCCAUUAGAAAAUAAAUUGGCCUAAUCGGU